GAGAAGGAUGAUGCGAGAAGCAUUGCGUCUCGAGUGCAGGUCGUAUGCGUAAUGUGGUACUAUUCGGUGCUUUCUGUGGGGUUAUAACAUGGCGUCAUGGCAGCCAUGUUUGAGGUGACCACCACCUUGUCGCCUCAAUCUCACUCGCUUCUUAGCAGCAACAGCAUACAACAUAUCCAACCCCGCACUGUUGCAGCACAUACAGUCGCAUGAGCCAUGGAAGAGUGUAGUUCCCCAACACGCCGCUCGGAAAGUAAAUACAUUAUACAGAUAUCACCAUAUGACGGAAGUUCGCGACCACGGUCCAUGACCGAGUCCUAGAGAUACAGGGGACAGGGAGAGCGACCUCAUUGAUAAUCAUAAAUCAGACCUUCCUCUUGCUGGAUCGAUCUGGGUCGAUAUGAACAGGGGAAUCUGCAUGUGAGAUGGCACACUGGAAUCCUUGUUUCUCGAGGCGUGGGAUGGACUUUUUUUCAACACGGAGAAAAGCGUGCGUAACCCCUGUAUAGCCUCAGAUAAUCCGGAUGUUUUUAAAUCGGAAUGCCCCGGGAGUUCUGACUUUUGGGUUUGAAUCUUCACCUUUCGUAGAAAGUGUAUUCGAGUAAUACGAGAUGGAAAGCAAGGAGAUCUCCUCGAACAAGGUCAUAGCCGAAGCCGGCGGCGACGUGGCGGCUAAGAGCACGGAUCAUAGCGAUGCUGACUCAACUCAUACUCAGUCACUAUCACCAGUCGUCGAGAAGCCAAAACAGACAUGGCGGUCCUAUUUCUGGGACACGUUUGACAAGUCCCCCGAGGAGAGACGGUUUCUGUUUAAGCUUGACGCGGUGAUUCUGACAUUCGCUUCAUUGGGAUACUUUAUCAAGUAUCUCGAUCAAGUUAAUGUCAACAGUGCCUUCGUGUCCGGUAUGAAGGAAGAUUUAGGUCUUUACGGUAAUCAGCUCAACUACAUGGUCACAUGUUGGACAGUUGGCUAUGUUAUUGGUGAAAUCCCAAGUAACAUGCUCCUAACUAAGGUCCGACCGUCAAUAUUUAUCCCAGCCUGCGAAGUGGUCUGGUCAGUUUUGACGAUUUUGCUUUCAAAAUGUCAAACAGCCGAACAAAUCUACGCCCUUAGAUUCUUCAUUGGGCUUGCAGAAAGCAGCUAUUAUCCAGGCAUUCAGUACAUUAUCGGAAGUUGGUAUCGGAAAGAUGAGCUCGCUAAGAGAAGCUGUAUCUUCCACGCCAGCGGCUCCAUAGGUAGCAUGUUCUCCGGCUAUCUGAUGACGGCUGUGUAUCAACUAAAUGGUACAAGUGGCUACCGGGGAUGGCAAUGGCUUUUCAUCAUCAACACCAUAAUAUCGCUGCCAAUUGCCAUAGCGGGGUUUUUCUUCUUCCCAGACGUACCGGAAAUCACUCGCGCUUGGUGGUUGACGAAGGACGAGAUAGUGCUAGCAAAUAAGCGCAUGGAGUUUGAAGGCCGAGCCAACAGGGGGAAAUACACAAAAGCCACGUUCAAGAAGAUCUUCACCUCGUGGCACAUUUACGCGCUUACCCUACUUUACAUCUUCUUCAAUAAUGGAGUAGGGUAUGGUAGUCAGCCAGCUUUCGCGCUCUGGCUGAAACAAGAAGGAUACAGUAUCGCUGCUAUCAAUUCGUAUCCUACGAUUGCCGCAGCUAUCGCUGUGAUCUUCACCUAUAUAUAUGCCUGGACAUCCGAUUCUCUUUUCAAAGGUGCUCGAUGGCCGCCUAUGGUAUUCUCAGGGGUGGUCAAUAUCAUCACCAACACUAGUCUCGCCGUGUGGAAUAUUCCUACUGGUUGGAAGUGGUUUUGCUACAUCAUUGGUAUGAUCGGGGGAGGAAUCAGUGGCUUGACCUUUGCGUGGGCACACGAGAUCUGCAGUGGUGAUAAUGAGGAGCGAGCUUUCGUAGUAGCAUCUAUGAACGAGAUGGCCUACGUAGUCCAGGCGUGGCUGCCACUAAUUAUUUGGCAACAAGUCGACGGACCUCAGUAUCACAAGGGGUUUAUUACCAUGGUCUUCCUCGCCGCCGGUCUUAUCGUCACUUCUCUCACGAUACGGACGCUACAUCAUCGGGAAGUAGCUAAAAAGGCCCAACUAUUGAAUGCAGGAGCGGCCUAGAGAACUAGGAUAGCUGCUACUAAAGUCUAGACCGUACUUCUAAUAUAAACCAUGUCAAC